GAACGCGCGCGCGCACGAGGAGUGGGAGUGGUGCGAUUUUUUUUUUUACGUUAGCCGCUGCGUUUCCAUCCCCUGCCCAUCAAAACCGACGAAAGCUCCCGCAGUUGCCCGGCCAACCCAAAUCCCUCGAAACUGAGCCUUGAUUGGGGGAAAGCAUCCUGCGGCCCGCCCAUUCUCUCGCGCUGAGAGUGCGCAAUAAGAAUUGAAAAUUUCUCACAGGAUGCACUCAGAGAGCGCUCUGCGCAUGCGCCGUAUAAACCUUAAGUUGGUCUGCGCGGGAGUUACGAAUUGACAGCUAGUGCAGAAGGGGCUGGGGAUGGCGCGGAGAAACAAAAAAGCAGUAGAUUAUUCUCAGUUUGGAGAUGCGGAUGACGAUGAUGAUGAAGACUUCACAAGCAUAGCUGCACCAUCAAAUAAGAAGUCAAAGAGAGUGCACGCUGAGACAAAGAAGAAGAAAAUGGAACCGCAAAAUAAGCUGCUUAGAGGGGAGGUUGAGCUGCAGAAAAGAGCAGCGAAAAAAAGAGUUCCCUUGGAUGACAAGCUUUAUCAAAGAGACUUAGAAGUUGCCUUAGCUUUGUCAGUGAGUGAACCAGCUUUAGGUACCUGCAAAGUAAAAGAUUCACAGGAACAAGUUCAGCAUGAAAGUGCAAAUGAACGUGACCAAACUGUAAAGGAUUUCGAACAAAGAACAGCAGCACCUCAGCAGAAGGUACUGACUGAAAGCCAAGAUAGUACAAGUUCUGCUCUCAGUUGCGAACAAGAGAUGGUGUCAACUGAAGAGUCAGAAGCUGAUUCCAGCUUCAGCGAAGAUGGUCAUGAUGAAUUUCCUGUGAAGAAGGCAACUAAGGAAAUUGGAAAGGGUGGAAAGAAGUUAAAUGCUAAAAAUGAAAAAGCAAAGACCACUACCAAAUUGGAAAGGAGCUCUGAGGUUCAAGCAAAACCUGAGGCAACUUUGAAGAGAGCCCCAAGUUCUUCAGAAUCACUUGGAAGGCCUUUAAAAACAUCAAGCUCUACAGCACUCAAGAGGCCCAGCUGGACACCGCCAGCUGCAUCUGGAACCACUAAUAGCCCACCAGGAGGAGUCCUUGUGAAGUCACCCACUCAGAGUCUCAGACUUGGCCUUUCCCGAUUGGCAAGAGUGAAGCCCUUGCACCCCAACGUUGCCAGCGUCUGAAUGACCCUGUGAUGAUUUUAGAAGUUGUAAACUCACAGGACUGGUGGGAAUGGAAAAUAUUCCUAAUUUCAAAACAAGAAAUUAGAGAACCUGUAGACCAUAAACUGGUAAUUCAGGACUGAGAGAUGCAUUUUAAAAACUUUUGUAAGACAUGAGCUGAUGUCAUGUUGUUAAUCUUAAGUUGUGAUCCCUCUCUAACAACUGAAAUUUUCCACAUUAUUGGCAUAUUUGCUGAUUGUUGUGGUAGGAGUGGUGACUGUUUGUGGUCUGUGGAAGUCACUGAUAUCACAGCCACCAUCAGUGGGCCAGGACAGAUACCUCAAGACCUGCAAUAUCCAUCUACAGACCUAUGGGUUGGAUCCAGAGCAGCACCAGUGGACCCCUAUUGGUGGAACGGAACAUUCCUGUCUCCAAGAAUUCUGUUUGUGUGCAACAGUUGACCCUCAAGAACAGUGUUGGUGGUAGAAGUGUGGAUUUACAGUGUGUGUGAGGGAGAGAUGGUAAAACACACCCCUUCUGUUGACAGGAGGGCCUUCCAACUGUUGAAGAUGACAUUUGAAUUCAGUUUGUUUGUAAGACAAAGCUUAUUUGCAUAACCUGAUAUUUUACUAAAAGUGGUCUUCGGCUUACGAUCUUACAGUGAUUUUCUGUCUUCAUGUAACAGGAGUACAUGCUAUCAAAUCUUGUCUGUCUUGAUGCGACUCAGCAAAUGUUACUUCUCAGAUUUUGGCAAUGUAUAUUUAAGCUUUUGUUGAUGAAUAUAUAUUGUGUAUUAUUACUGUGACUUUUAUGAAAUAAAUGAUUUUUUAAAAGAAA